GGAGAGCUAGGGGAGCGCGGGCUGAGGCAGCCACGCUGCUCUGUCUGAAGGUCGCCGGGAACCGCCGCCCUUCACCUUCCUCGGAAAUCAGCCAUACCCCGCCAAGGCUCCCCGCCCAGCGCUCGCAGACAGAGGCCACGUUCUCCCGGCCCAGGCAGCUAGACCUUGACACAAAGGACAUCACACCGCCGGGGAUAAGAUCCGGAAGGGAGGACACCUUGACUUCUCACCCUGUAACACUUUUCCCUUUAUUGCCCAAGGUAUUUACUGAGUGCCUACUGUGUACCAGGCGCUAUCUCUAUGUGCAUACAAAAACCCUGGAAGGUCAUACUCCAAUAUAUAUACACUGAUCGUCUCUGCUUGCUGAGAUAACAGAAAGCUUUUGUCUAGUGUCCUGCUUCCUAUCAGUUUAUGGAGAGCCAAGGGCUCCUUAAUCCAGACUGGAAACUCCAUCCACUGAAUCAACUUCCUACCAGCCCUGUAGCAUCACUUCAGUAGCCUCUGAGGGAGCCAUACAGGAGACGGCCAGUGCAUUUGUGCAGCUUUCAUCAAGGGGGCCCAAGGGGGGUGUCAAGCUUACAUUUUUGCUGCUAUCCACUUGUAAAUACACUCAGAACAGGAGAAUUUGGACGAAGUUUUUGACUACAGGUACUUUAUAAACAUGAUGCAUUUCAAAAGUGGACUCGAAUUAACCGAGUUGCAGAACAUGACAGUGCCCGAAGAUGACAACAUCAGCAAUGAUUCCAAUGACUUCACUGAAGUAGAAAAUGGUCAAAUAAAUAGCAAGUUUAUUUCUGAUCGCGAAAGUAGAAGAAGUCUCACAAACAGCCACUUGGAAAAAAAGAAAUGUGACGAAUACAUUCCAGGAACCACCUCGUUAGGCAUGUCUGUGUUUAACCUGAGCAACGCCAUUAUGGGCAGUGGGAUUUUGGGACUCGCCUUCGCCCUGGCAAACACCGGAAUCCUACUUUUUCUGGUACUUUUGUCUUCGGUGACACUGCUGUCUAUAUAUUCAAUAAACCUUCUGUUGAUCUGUUCAAAGGAAACAGGUUGCAUGGUUUAUGAAAAGCUGGGAGAGCAGGUCUUCGGCACCACGGGGAAGUUUGUCAUCUUUGGAGCCACCUCUCUACAGAACACAGGAGCAAUGCUGAGCUACCUCUUCAUAGUCAAAAAUGAACUACCCUCUGCCAUAAAGUUUCUAAUGGGAAAGGAAGAGACAUUCUCAGCCUGGUACGUGGAUGGCCGUGUCCUGGUGGUGAUUGUCACCUUCAGCAUAAUUCUCCCUCUGUGUCUCCUGAAGAACUUAGGGUACCUUGGCUAUACUAGUGGAUUUUCCUUGAGCUGUAUGGUUUUUUUCCUAAUAGUGGUUAUCUACAAGAAAUUUCAGAUUCCCUGCAUUGUUCCAGGGCUAAAUGCAACAAGUGCUAAUUCAACAAAUGCUGACAUGUGUACGCCAAAAUACGUUACCUUCAAUUCAAAGACCGUGUAUGCUCUACCUACUAUUGCAUUUGCAUUUGUCUGCCAUCCAUCAGUCCUGCCAAUCUACAGCGAGCUUAAAGAUCGAUCACAAAAAAGGAUGCAGAUGGUUUCAAAUAUCUCCUUUUUUGCCAUGUUUGUUAUGUACUUCUUGACCGCCAUUUUUGGCUACUUGACAUUCUAUGAAAACGUCCAGUCGGACCUCCUUCACAAGUACCAGAGCAAAGAUGACGUCCUCAUCCUGACGGUGCGCGUGGCUGUCAUCGUGGCGGUCAUCCUCACGGUGCCGGUGUUAUUUUUCACGGUUCGUUCGUCUUUAUUUGAACUGGCUAAGAAAACAAAGUUUAAUCUGUGUCGUCACAUCUUCGUGACCAUCAUACUCUUGGUCAUUAUCAACUUGUUGGUGAUCUUCAUACCCUCCAUGAAGGAUAUCUUUGGGGUCGUAGGAGUUACAUCUGCUAAUAUGCUUAUUUUCAUUCUUCCUUCAUCUCUUUAUUUAAAAAUCACAAAUCAGGAUGAAGAUAAAGGAACUCAAAGAAUUUGGGCUGCCCUCUUCUUGGGCCUGGGGGUGUUGUUCUCCCUGGUCAGCAUUCCCUUGGUCAUCUACGACUGGGCCUGCUCGUCAGGGAGUGACGAAGGCCACUGAGGCCAGCUGGGAAGCAUCAACACUCCCGUGAGCUGCUCAAGUCACCAACCACACAUCAGCAACCCUCAUCACUUCCUUUGCAAGUUUACAGAAGCAAACAGAAAUGUACAGGAUACUUCAAAUGGAAUCCCACUUUGGUCGCAAAACAGAAACCUGUUUCUAUACCGGUUCGUGUCCCUCCAAGAUCUGGGAUCAAUUUAAGGAUCAUGGAUUUCCCCCCCACUUCAAAUUUCACGGAAUCAUAUUUCCUAGUACUUUCCACAGUCGGUUAUUUUUCAUUCUCCUCACUCAUUUUUUUGUGACUUCAUGGUCUCUUAGAACUUUGAAAACAUGAUCAUCAAUCAUGUUUAUUUAUUAUAGAUCCAGAUUCUGAAAUAAUUUUCCUACUGAUGUGCAGCUCACACUAUCUGUAUCUUUUUAGAAGAGAAAAUAAUCUUGAAUUGUAUAUAUUUAUUUUGCUUUACAGAAGAAAAAAAGGUUUCGUAAAUAAUUUGCCUAUUUGGGUUAACAUAGCACACAGGGAUCAUCGUUGGGGAGUCGCGGGGUGCGUGCAUUGCAGGGUCCGAGCACGCCCUGGGUUUGAGGUGGCUCUGAUCUCCCGCAGGCAGACCAGUGGCCUCCCGGGUACUACGUCCACUUCAUACAAAGACAUUCCCUGGUGAAGUGUUCUCUCCGCUGGGAAGGGGUGGAAAUGAUUCUUACCUUGGUAAACACAUUAAACUACACAUGUGGGGAAUCUAGCAAAUUAACUUUUGUUUCCCUCUUGGCAACUUGUGUCAAAGUUACUCUGACCUGAGUUAAUUUCUACUGGGGAAGCCCCAUAACACCUUUACAAUAAAUUGAGGAGCAAGAAUACUGCAAAAAGAUUGUCCAAAAUGCCCAAGAGAAUAUUCCUCUGAUGCAGAUCGCCUUCAACCCUACACUGGAUUGUUGGAGGGAGAAACGUUUUCUUAUUAGUAAAUGAUAACCCCAGAAGCUUUUCCUCAUGUCCACCAGCUUUUUGCACAGGGAAUAAGGUGUAUCUAACCAAGGAUGAUCUAAGUAAUUCCUGUUUUAUAUUGGGUACUUUAGGGGGAGGGAGGGUGUCUUUAAAAGACUUGUUUUAUAUCUAUAAAUUUAGGUUAUUAUAAAUACAAGAUUUUUGUAUCUUAAAUAAGCCUCAUUCCUAUUUCUUCUCCAUUAACAAUCCAUCCAGAGUGUUAGAAAGAGAGCCCUCAGAGAUAGUCUUUGAGGAGAACUUGUGACAAAAAUCAUGGAGUACCUUCCUUUCCCCCAUGAGGACCUCGAUGUCCCCGCUGUUCCUCCUUGCUGCUAGCUGAGGCUGGGCCAUUCCUGCUUGCCCGCCCCCCGUACCCCACACAGGGUAGAGCUGCCCUGCACUCAUACCCGAGCCCCUCUUCUAAAGGGAGCAGAAGGAAGCUGCAGAGACUGAGAAAGGAGAGAGUUUGGGACAGGUAGUUUGGAAAGUAAUGAAGACCAGAACUCCAGAACUGCAUUACCCCUAAGCUGGGCCAUCACCUGUGGUUGGAUUGUCCAUGUCACAGCCAGAAAUGUGUGUGCUCCGUGCACUGGUCUCUUGACAGAGGCCUUGUGUUUUCAUCUAGAUUCUGGCUGAAUGUCUCCAACAGAAGUUCACCGAGCACAGAUUUCUUAUCCUGUGAUAAGUAGACUCUAGCCACAGACUCUUGGCAAGGCUUCCAGGCACUGAGCUCUGGCUUCUGUUCCUCCCCCAUUCAUACCCCAGAAGCCUCCACACUCCCUGGGAGCUCCCUGGAAUGGUAUCCUUCCUCCCCCCACCCCCCAGACCUCUGUCCCAUGGAAGAGGCACCGUGUUCCGGUCCUCUUUGGGGAGAAGGAAAAGGUCAUCAUAGCUUUAAUGUAAUGUUCCAGAAUCACAUUCACAUGAGGUCAGAGUUCAGGCACUUAGCCACGAAUGCCUAACCCAGUAAUAUGGAAGACACUGCAGAAAAGGAUGUCUUAGGUGAGCAGGGGGAGAAACAGCAAAACAAGUCAAGUCAGUUGGCCCUCAGAGGCUUGUCUAGAGCACCAGGUAAUGAAAUACCAGAUAGUGGGAUGGCCCUCCAUUGAAACAAAAUAUUCCAGCCAUAUUUUGCUACUUUCUAUUUUCCUCAUUAAUUUACAAUUCAUCUUAUACUCCCAAAGUCCAUUUAGAAAUUUAUCAUUAACUCUUGGGGGGGGGGAAGGAUGUGUAAUGAUAUUUUUGGAUCUCUGGAUUUUGUGUCAGUAAAGGAAUAAUUAUUAUUUAAAAUAUAUUUAUUUAGAGGAGGCACAUUAGUGUAGAUGUCUAGGAUACCACAAGUUUUUAAAAUAUUCUUUGUAUGUUUAUCUAAGUUGACUGAAUACAAUAGACCCUACUGUAGUUUGUCAAAUAUCAUGGAUUACACCAUUUGUGUGGGAUUAGCUGUAAAGUAUACUGCUGUUAAUCUUGUUCAGAAUAGUGAACUGGUAGCCAAAAAUACAUGUAUCACAGAUGUUAGCUAGAAUUUAAACAGCGCAGUCCAAGUACUAUAGAAGUUCUUCUGCUAAAUUAGUAGACUAAAGAAUAUUAUACCUUAAGCCACUGGGAGCAGCACCUUUUCCUUUGGUAGCCAGAUCUCAGGACUGGUGAACAGUGCCAGUUUAAUACUUUGGAUUUACAACUGUUCGCUGGUUAUUGCAAUACAGACUAAUGUGAACCCCUGAUUUCCUUAAUGCUACUUAACGGAAGUGGGGGUAGUAAAGUGUGCACAGGAAAGAAAUGUAAUCUUGUUAAGCAGAGGCAGUCCAAUUUAUAAGCUGAUCAUAUUGUGAAACUUUCAGUUGAUUAUUUGCAACCUGAAAUGUAUUUCCUGUUACAAACGGGGCUAUACAUGGUGGUUAGGCCCCCAGACCAGCUAGAAAAGAUGAUUAAACCCACAGUUUAGCUGACAUUGGAUAAUAUAACAAGAUUGUUAAAGAACCUAACCACUAAACAUAAUAUUGUUUCUAGGGGUAUUUGUUCAGAGUUGCCAAGAAUAUGUCAUUCCUGUUGUUAGUGGAUUCUGGGUUGCCCGGCGCAGCGACACAUACCUGCUGGAUGACGGGCAUAGGGGCACCACCAUCUGAAGGUGACCAGAGUGGCCUGAAGCAGGGUCUCCAGCAGAGGAUGGGGAGAGCAAGCCCAGGGCCACCAGAGAACCCAGUGUAGGCAGAGUGAGAAGGAGGAUGAGGGGCCUCUUGUGAGUUGUAAACCACAGGGACCUUCCUCAGCUGAUACCUUCUUUUCUCUGGAGGUCACAGGUUUGGCCUGUCUGCUUGUAUGAUAGGACCCUGUGCUCCUAUAGUUCAUCUCCUUUCCUGCUCACUGCACACACACAAAAGAAUGUUGUUGCAUAGCCUCUUCCACAUGCCAGUCAGUCAUUGGAACCAGCAUACAGCACUUGUAAUGGGUUCGGUGAUAGAAAAUCGUGUUUCCACUGCCCAGUUAUCAGCUGGGGGUGGAAAAGCUUUCUGCCACUUUCCUUUUUCUACAUUUGCACAUCCUGUAGAGAAAGGCUCACCUGGGUGAUGUAAUGGUUACAGGCUUGGGGUGGACAAAGGACUAUGGUAGGAUUCCCUGGUGUUUCAGAGGACAGCACAGACAGUUACCCCAGAAUGGAUGUUUUCCUGGAGAUGGACUCAAGCCUCUAGGCCAGUGGUUCUAAAGUGUGGCCCCCAGAGCAGCAGCACCUGGAACUUGUUGGAACGCAAGCUCUCAGGCCUCACCCAGGACCCAGUGAAAGCGGAAGCUGGGGAGUUGGAGGAGCUAACAAGCCCUCCUGGGGGUCACAGUAGCACUGAGCCAGUUAACUCCCCUUUGUUCUCCCAUUAGUCCCACCCAGAGGAGAGUUCAGAGGACUCCCGGGACCAGAAAUGGGAAGCAGGACUUGGGGCAGGAACUGGCCCCAGCCCGGGUGCCUCCUCCCCUCCCACUGGCACGGCUGCUGCAGGUGCUCAGUUGUAUGGAGGCUGCUUGCACUUUAUAUAACUUUGGGCUGAGGCAUAACGAGGACACAUUUUUAAUGCUGUGAAAAGAGUGAGGUGUUACUGUGUUGUUGUGGUGGUUUUUGUUGUUUUGUUUUUUUUUUUCAUUUGUUUGGUGUGUGUUUUUCAGGGGAGUUGAAAGAACAGACUCUUUGUAAACGCAGCCUUAGAGGAAUUACUGAGUUCACGCCAGGAGUAAAUUCUGCAGAAUGUUGGGUUGUUGGGUGGUGAUCCAUCCUGUCCUCUUGUCAAAGUGAAUUCCUUGCUGAGAGGUCUGCACUGAACAUGGAGCUGCAAACUGCUUUGAAAAGAAUGCAGCGCUCAGUGUAUCAGAAGGCUGGGCAGCACCGCUGAGUGGGGUGGGGAGGAGGUCAGUGAUGUGAUCAGAUAUUUUAUGCCUUAAAGCAAAAGCCAUUAGUUCCUCUCAGUUUGUCAAUAUAAACAGCUUGAGGCUUAGAAAGAGCAUAAGGAUAUAAUUCCUCCAUUCCAGUUCAUAGUAAACUUCCAGCCACUUUCAAAACAAAGGAGAUACGGACUCUAGCAUUUAGCAAUGCUAACAACUGAUUUCCUUAGGGAUGGCAGAUCUGAGAAGCCUUUAGCAACAGAACAUAUGUCUUUUAAAAUACAGUUUAUUAUUUAUGAUAUCAGGCUUUCAGGUACAACUUGGGGGUAGGUUGGCUAACAGCUAAAAAUGUAUCACCGUAUCUAAAAGGGAACGUUUUCAGAAAAUACGUAAAAUUCACAAGGCUUAGGCAUUCUCUUUUUGGGUUUUCUCAGAGAAAGGGCUGUGAAACUGGGCCCAUCUGUGUACAGGCUUGAAUUUGUGUGUUUAAAGAAGUAUCUAUGCAGCUGAGGCUUAUUGUAGGAAAUACUUCAUUUGUAAAUAUCCUGUAAAUAUAUAGGAGGCUGUAUAUUUUUGCAGUUGUUGACUCACACUGAAAUAGAAGUCUCUAUCGUCUGCAUAUCAAGAAUAAAAGUUUUCAUAGAUAUUAGUGGGGUUUGGGGGGAAUUAGAAAAAUUUACAUUCUCUGACAGGUAACAUAGUGCUCUCAAUGUAAACUUGGAAUCUAAAAAUCUUACUUAAUUGUUUAGAAAGAGAAGUGUCGAAGAAAUAGUAGUGUUGAUUUCAUUAAGAUCAAUCAUUUAAAAGAUAUUAAGGUCAAUUAUUUAAAAGCUAGUCCUCUGAGCUACAACUAAGGAAUAUUAGACCUAAAUUAUUAUCUAUAGAAAUAGAUAUACCCAAAAUGACACACUAUUUUUUUCAUAACACUCUUUCACUCUCAACACUGAUACUACUGCACAGUAUUUAUAAAAAGAAGUUGGAAAGGAGAAUGUUUUUAUUUUUUUCAAAAUUGAAUUGCUGCAUUUCCCAAACUUUGGGAUCUUGGAAAAGGGGAAAGAAUCUGAAUAUUAACUAGGAGCACAAAUUUGAAGGAGGGGAAAAAAACACACACAUUACUUUAUCAAGCUUUUGAAAGUCUUGCAUGUUUGCCUUAUAUUUUCAGUAUUGACCCCAAGGCUAUCUUAAGUCAUCUUUUCCCCAAACAUGUCAAUCUUCAUCAUUGGGAUGUAAUCCUCUCUCGAGUCCAGUGUAUUUCAGACUUCAUCUAAGUCCAGUACAUGCAGCACACCACUCUUUUAUUAAUGUAAAAACCUUGUAAAUGAAUUUUAGAGCAAUGACUUAAGUGAGUCACAAGUCACCAAACUGCUAUUCAUGCUUAAUCAAAUAGAGGGUUUUCCCCCCCCCAGGAGGUGGUGUAAAUAAAGAAAUGUAAGAGGUUCUGUUCUAUAACUGUUCUAUUAACAUGGUUUUUAAACAUUAAAAACAUGAACUAAAAGUA